GGUAGACAGGGGGGCGAUCAUGGAGGCGACCCAACGUCUUCAGGGCAUUGACCUGCACGGGUUUUUGCAAUCGCUUUCCGCGGACACCUUGGAUAGGCUGUACGCCCAUCCGGCUGCUUGCAUAGCGGUGUUCAGGGAACUGCCGGCCUUAGACAAACACUACAUCAUGCGUGUGUUGUUCUCGGAGCAAGUCGUUCCGGAAAAGCUCAUACUCUCCUGGUGCAAGCCCGGACAGAAGAGCUCACACGAGCAAGGUGUGGAGAGACUGCGGCGACUGCGUAUCUGGUUCCUGGAAGAGCUGGCUGGUGGCCACAAGGGUCUGCGGUUGAGCAGUAUCUUCCGCGAGGGUCUGCGGACUGCGCUUUGUGGCGGCGGCAAGGCAUGGUUCAAGCCCGUCCCACCAGCCACUGACAAGCACACGAGAGACAUUGCCUUCCUGGAUUCGUACGCCAAGGAGCGUUGGGAAAUAAUCCUCCACUUCUUGGUCGGAUCCAAUGUGUCCGAUGUCAGUCGCAAGGUGAUGGACCUCCUACAGCGUGCAGGAUUAUAUGCGUGCAGUGGUGAGCUAGGCUCUGCAGCAUCAAUCACAGCUGCUGGCUUCCAGUUUCUGCUCAUGGACACCACGGCGCAGGUGUGGUACUUCAUGCUCUACUACUUCAAGACCAUUGAGAGUAUGGGAAAGGACGUGGUGGAGAUCCUCACUCUACUCUUCACCAUCAGCUUCUCGUGUUUGGGAAAGGAUUACCCUACUGACGGCCUGUCACCAUUGCAGAUGGAGUUCCUGCAGGACAUGCGAGAGUACGGUUUGGUGUACCAGAGGAAGCAAAAAUCCAAGCGCUACUACCCGACACGCCUGGCCAUCAACUUCUCUUCAGGCCUACACCAGUCAACGCAGGUGCCUGAGAGCGAAGGCUUCUUGGUUGUGGAGACCAACUAUCGUGUGUAUGCGUACACCGACUCUGCACUACACAUCGCCAUUGUAGCACUGUUCGCUGACUUACAAUACAGAUUGCCAAGCAUGGCUGUCGGUUUACUAACCCGUGAGAGCGUCCAUGAUGCCCUCGGGAACGGCAUCACGGCCGAGCAGAUUCUGCAAUUUAUGAAGAUGUACUCUCACCGGCAGAUGCGAAAGAACAAUCCCAUCGUCCCGCCAACGAUAUCGGACCAGGUCAGACUCUGGCAGUUGGAACGUGACCGCCUGCGAUCCUCUGAAGGUGUACUAUACAACCAGUUUGCCAGCGCCAGUGAGUUCCAGGUGAUCCGCGACUAUGCUUCGGAGAUUGGAGUGCUGGUUUACUCCAAUCCGGCAAAGCGCUGUGUGGUGGUCACGAACGCUGGACACAAGGACGUGCGGGCAUUCUGGAAGCAGCAAAAACAGAAAUGAGCCAACCGUGGUUGCCAUUGAGGACAGUAGCAACUUGCAAGACUGCGGCAAAGGACUGAUUCUACCGUACGCAGCUGACCUGCAAAGUGUGCUGAUGGGUCAUUGCCAUUCUCUUCACCUUGUCUCGGCGCUUGAUGUCGUCCUAGUCUAAGUUCUAGUCUAAGUCCUAGGAGGUUCUCACCGCUGCAGCAUUCUACUACUACAGCUGUUGAAGGUGACAAGCGUUGCCGAAGUGAUCCCGGCGUGUUCUCCUUCGUGUCCGUUGCAGAGUGUGUGCUCCGCUUGUCGGAGCACUCGGCUAUACUUGUAAGGUGAUCAUUCCUAACUCUAUCGCAUUCGAACUGAGUGCCUGCAGCCGUGACCAAACUCUGAGAGCCCCGCUUCAGCUAGCUUUGAUUGUGCGUGUCUGCAUCUUCAUUUGCUGGAAUCCUACAGUCCGCCUGGCGUUGUAUGUGGCCUCAGGUGCAGCUGGUCCGCGCCUUAUUCUUUUUUUAAGACCAUAUCACUCGCUGGAUGUUGCCGUCUAGUCAAGAUCACCGCCGUGUCUCUGUGAUGGACUGACAACGAGCCUGUAUGCUCACCCUUUGCUACCCAAGAGCACAGUCCAUUUCUCGGCGGCGGAUGAAGCGAGGUUGGAUUGACGUCCUGCUUGUGCACUCGCCCGCCCGUGCUUGUGUGCAUUGGCUUUCUCGCGCUUGUGUGCAUUGGCUUUCUCUCGUGCUGUGACCGUGUGCCAGAAGACUCCACUGUCAAGACUAGCACGUCCACCAGACUCACUCUCGACAAGGAUAUUUUAAAGUCCUUUUGGAAGUGGCAGUCGUGCAUUAACAAUUUCAGACUGCUCUGUGCCUUAAAGUUAUACCAGUUUCCUACUAGUUUCUAAACUUCGGUACUUCUUGUAGUAUUUUGUGAUGGUCUUCAAGCUGGAGUUCCGGCCAAUAAUGCACGUAGUCAUGAUCACGCUAUCUCACGGCGGAGCCAUGAGGUGAUGUUAUGACUCCCUGGUCGUUUCAACGUGCCUCCGGAUCCUAUGGUCAUCUGCUGCCAUGGCCACAGGAAACAUGUUAGUUUGGGCACCAACAUGUGUGUGUGUGUGUGAUGUGUGUGCGUUUGCAUAACCCAACUGGUGUGGUUGUACUUGGUGCUUAAACAUAAUAUUGAGCCCGUGCCUGGCCACGUCCGCAGUCACACAGAGCGCCACACACGCACACUAUUCUUGAUCAUGUUGAUUGAUUUGUCGCCAUGGUUUUGACAAUCAUGCAAUGUCCUUUUUAAGUUUUGUUUCAAAUAAUGUCAUUUCUUUCCUACCCUGUGUGCAUGUCAGCAAGAGUCGUAUGCCGUUUAUUGUUUCUUCUGCUGACUCUGCCGAGAUGCAAAAAUUCAGUGACGGUCACGUUGUCCCGUAAGACCUGGAGCGCAAUGUCAUCCUUGAUACAACACCAUAACUAUGGUCAUGUACUCUUGGUGUAAACAGGUAGAUAGGCCCAACAACUCCCUACAAUUACUCCCUGCAAUUACUUGUGUGUGUACAACUAACAAGACUUGAACUUGA